UGAGCAGGUGAGUGCGGGACCCUGUCUGCCCCACUGUCCAGUGACAUAAUGAGCUGGAGCUUCCUCACGCGGCUGCUGGAGGAGAUCCACAACCACUCCACCUUCGUGGGGAAGCUGUGGCUCACCGUGCUUGUCGUCUUCCGCAUCGUCCUCACCGCCGUCGGGGGAGAGUCCAUCUACUAUGACGAGCAGAGCAAGUUCAUCUGCAACUCGGGCCAGCCGGGCUGCGAGAAUGUCUGCUACGACGCCUUCGCGCCGCUAUCGCACGUCCGCUUUUGGGUCUUCCAGAUCAUCCUGGUGGCCAUGCCAUCUCUAAUGUACAUGGGCUACGCCGUCAACAAGAUCGCCCGGCUGGACGAGGACAAGGGCGGGGGAGGGUUGGCCACUGAGACAGGGGGAGGGGAUGGAGGUGGCUACACCCACCGGAGGCCCAGGAAGAUCUGCUUCGGGGCGCGGCAGCACCGGGGUAUAGAGGAGGACCAGGACCAGGACCAAGAGGAUGACCCUAUGAUCUACGAGGUGCCUGAGCCCGAGCCCCCUCGCCGGGUCGACCCGCUGGCCCCGCGGCCCAAGCCCAAGGUACGCCAUGACGGGCGGCGGCGUAUCCAGGGUGACGGGCUGAUGCGUAUYUACGUGYUGCAGCUGGUGACUCGCACGGCRCUGGARGCRRGCUUCCUGGCGGGCCAGUACCUGCUGUACGGYUUCCGYGUSAUUCCCGUGUUYGUGUGCUCCUUCRAGCCCUGCCCCCACAGCGUGGACUGCUUCGUGUCGCGGCCCACGGAGAAGACCAUCUUCCUGCGCAUCAUGUACGGCGUCACKGUGCUCUGCCUCACCCUCAACGUGUGGGAGAUGCUGCACCUGGGCAUCGGGACCAUCUGUGACAUCMUCCGCCGUCGCCGGGUGGUGGGGGAYGGGGGUGCUGASUACGUGGGGUACCCGUUCUCKUGGAACGCCCCGUCRGCUCCGCCGGGCUACAACAUCGUGGUGAAGCCGGAGCAGAUCCCCUACACGGACUUGAGCAACGCCAAGAUGGCGUGCAAGCAGAACCGGGCCAACAUCGCCCAGGAGGAGCAGCAGCAGUUUGGAAGCAACGAGGACAAUUUCCCCACGGGAGGGGAGGCCCGCGUGGCCCUCAACAAGGACAUGAUCCUGCAUGCCCAUGACCAGCUAGAGGCAGCCAUUCAGGCCUACAGCCAGCAGCACAGGGCAGAGGAACACCUGGGGGACAACCAUGAUGACAAGCCCCGAAGCAACAUCACCCAGGCCCAGGCCCAGGCCCAGGCCCAGCCUCAGCCUCAGCCUCAGCCGCAGCCUCACAAGGAACGCAAGCACCGAUUCAAACACGGCAAGGGGGGCAGCAGUGGAGAAGGGAAUGGGAGCAGCAGCAACAGCAGUAGCAGCAAGUCAGGGGUGGGCAAGCCUUCUGUGUGGAUUUGACCCCGUACACACACAAAUAGACAAACACACACACACACACACUCCAGCCCUGGCCUGAGCCAGCACUGACGGAGCCCCAUAUCCCUGUAGAGUAUGUGUCAGUGAGGGAAGGGGUGGCCCCGAAAACGCCAGGACCGGCCCUGAAUGGAGGGCUGAGGUAGUGGGAUGUCAUGUUGUCUUUCUGUGGAUAUUUCGACACCAUGUUGUGCCUUUAAAAAUCCCACAAGCUGGAGGAGACUAGCCUACAGUAGUAGAAUGUCAGUGUGGACAGGUGAGGACAGGUGUGUCAGGAGCAUUAGUGAUUUUGUAGGAGUUUGUCUGGGCUGUCGCUGUCUAACCUAAAACACCCCGAUACAACUCUCUGAAAUAGUCUCUAGUGUUUUUGAACUCUUCCAAUUCUGAAGCAGACACUUGUUCUCUGUUGUCUUUUUACUGUCCCGUCUUCCAGUAGCCUGAUGACUCACACUAAAUGAUUCUGUAGUUCGCUGCACACUUUAGUCUGAGCCUGCCACCGUUGAAGUCAUUUGUGGUGACGAAGGGCAUUGUACAAAACAAAGUCAUCAGCGAUUGGAUCGUCUCUAACCAAUCAGAGCCCAUGGGCGCCGCUUUACCCACGUGUGUUCUGGCUCUGGCCCAACCCAUCGGUUUCUGGACCAAUCAGAUGGCCUCGAAUGUGUUUGCAUUCGGUGAAGGGUGCUCAGAUCCAGACUCAUUGAGGAGAAGAAACUAACAUCCGUGGGCGUGGCAUAGCGUUUGGCCGGAGCAAGGAUUCUGGGCAACCAGGCAAGUCUUCCAGAGGAUAUUGGGCUGAGAAAAUUACUAUAUACCUUUAUCACCAUUUUUUUUUUUCUGAUGCAUUUAUUUAUAUCCCGUCCGUUCUCUUGGUGAUCCUGAUUUCCAUUCCAGAUUUCGAUCAUGCUAAUUUGUUGGCUGACUUUCUACAAAGUCACAGACUUUGUAAUACAUUGGCAUCAGAAUGAAUGAACAUCGCAAUGCAAUGAAUGACAUCGUAAUACAAAGACAGUUUAAAGAAUGACUUUAUAAUGUAAUGACAUCACAAUACAAUGACAUCAUAAUGCAAUGACUUCAUAAUGCAACGACUUCAUAAUGCAGGUAUGAUAAUGAAAAGGUCAAUCAUAAUGUGGAUGUUCAAGGCUAUUGUGUAUCUAUUAUCUCUCCAAGGUCACUGAUGUUUAGUGUGUGCGACUUUAUAUUUGACCCAGGCCAAGUCUUUGAGUGCAUGCAUCUUCCAGGUGGAGGGACAGUUCAUGGCUUGAUCAGAUGAAAGUGGUCAGGGAUAUAUGGUUGAUUUAGACAGAGUCUGGUGAAGAGUGCUACUCUUGUACCCAAUGGAGUUCCCCUCCUUCACAAUGUGUAUGAGAAUCAAUUAUUCUCACCAUUAAUUAAUACCAUUUAUUGACAACUCCCUCUGUAAACCUGCAAUCUUUUCACUUUAUUUUCUCUGUGUUUCUCCGUCUCUAGUUCUCUCCAGUUUGGACCUGUGUAAGGUUUUGUCAGUACUGGGUUGGCAUUUUAUCUGUCUGGUUAUUGAGUGCCCCCUGGUGGUACAGCUUUUAAACUAAGGAUUUAUCACCCCCUUAGUACAAUAUGGCUUACUUUAAGUUGUUAUCUUACUAGUACUUACUAAUGUCGAGUUACCAAUGAUCACCCAGCAUUCCAAACACCUGAAGUUAGUCUCUCCAGUUACACAGUAGCCUACUGUUUCCUUUUCAACCUCUUCCUUACAAGAGUCUUCCGUACAGUGUUCUAUAUGAGACCAACAAAGCUGGAAACCCCCCCCCCAGCUCUCUAAGCUAGCUGUGUUGAUGAUCUGCCUCUCUGUUCUCCUCUGUCCAAAGUAUUUCUCUGAACUGCCAUAUGGUGUACGUCCUAAAUAGCACCCUAUUCCCUAUGGGCCCUGGUCAAAAGUACUGGAAUAUAUAGGGAAUAGGGUGCAAUUUGGGAUGAAGCUAUAGAGACCAAACACUGUUCGUGUGAUGAAGGCAGCGUCGCUGCCAUUGCCAAGACAACGUUAGGCUACUAUGCAGCCAGGUUGUGAUGUAGCUUUGCCAAGGAAUACUGUGGCCAUGCUACCUGAAUCACAAAGGAGAAGAACAUGUGUAUGACCAAUCCUUUGUAUUUUUUGUAAAAGUUGCUAUUUUUUAAAAUUAUGUCUGUGUGUUUUGGUGUGUUUUGGGAGGUCUAAUGUAGCAGAGGGGAAAUUGGUUUCCUUUUUCUUUUCUUUUUUGACCAGUUGUGUUUUUCAAACUUUUUUUUCUUCAAUAAAGAUUUUUAAAAUAAACAAUAAAGAUUGUAUUUACAGAUAUCUUCUAGAAUUGGUUAUUUUAUUGCCUUCAAAUUGUAAAGAUAAUAUAUUUUAGUAGUUGUGUAUCAUGUUGUUGAUGUGUAAAAUAAAAAAUGCAAUUGCCAAAUGUA